AAUCAUAACUUGUCCUCAACGUCCUCAAUUCUUUUGUUUCUAGUCGCUGGUCGCCCGUUCCGCAACGAGCACGAAGCGGCCUGCAAUUUAUUAACUCGCUGGCACAUUUCUAGACCCAUUGAAGGAGAAUGAGCGCAGACAGACGGAAUGACCGCCGAGCGAAGAGGACUGCCCAUUCAUCCCCCUACGCUCGCCCAACAAAACAUAGCAAACCAGUUCCAACGAAAAAAUCGCUAUGGAGCAUUUCCGGUUUAAUGAGCUUCUUACGAUUCGGUGGCACCGAGGAAGAUGAUCGAGCUGAGGAUCUGGUGCGCUCAGGUGCCUCGUCCUCCAGUGAUGAUGAGGACGAGGAUUUGCAGGUUCAGGAACAGGAGGGGCCUCCUCAUAUACCGGCUCGUCAAGUUCAACUUGAUCGGAACUCUGCGCCUGAAUUUGUGCUUCCUCUUCCUCCUGGUGAUGUACCGCCAGGGCAUGAGCCUUCGCAGGAACUAGUUUACCCACCGGCUUGGGAUGCCCAACAACCGGAACCUUCUAAUGGGACAUUCCAACCCGUCACACCCGCCCGACAGCCUCUCUACAGUUUAAAUACACCACCUCGCCAAACCAAUAUCGCCCCCUACUUGCAGCAAAGUCCGUCGCUUGCUAAGAACCUCGAGCCUGUCACUCGUUUCCUUGUCGAGAAAGCAGGGCGGCCUCUUAACGAAUUUGAGGCAGCUGGCAUCGUGGACUACAUCCAGAAGAACGUGCAAGCAGACAAACCGGAACCAUUCCGGUUCUCAACGUCUCCGUCGCGCGGAUCCUCUCCUAACGUUGGGUUCGGGACACCAAAUGGUGUAUCAAGCGAUACACAGAUUCCGAAGAAGACCCUUUCGCGCAAUCCCAACGGCAUAUUGCGCUGGCAGGGUGCGGGUAGUGCACGUCCACGCAACCGAUAUCGAUCGCCUGGGUUCGGGUCUCGGCUUCAAGGACCUCGUAUUGAGCUAUCUCCCAUACGGAUACCUUCCGCAACCGAUGCCAAACGUCGCCGUGUCGGCAAUGAAGCUGAGUCUUCGACUGCACAGAAGUCUGCGCCCUUAUCAUCGACGUCUACCAUCGUUUUCCCGACUUCAAAUUCUACUCCUCUCACCCGUUCUAAGCCUGCAAUCAACGAGAAGACUCCAGUUCCACCAGUGCCUGCAUCGACAUUGGCUCCGGCAGCUGUUGUUACGCCUCGUUUACGCACCGCGGGUCUUUCUGUGAAGCCCACGACCCCAGCCGUACCUUCGCCUUUACGACAAACGUGGAAGCAGAGCGAUUCACCGCCACAGCCUCCAACACGACCCACGCGUGCUGCCGACUAUAUGACGGGGCUCAUUAAAGAAGUCACUCCCCUCAAGAAACCUGACGUAGCAAACCCGUACCAGACUGCCAAUCCUGUAAAGAUGCCCGCUAGGAAGUCUCUUGCAAGACGUUCGCGCCCUCUAGCAGAGAAAAAGGAGAAACAGCACAGGGAGCCAGAAAUGACCGCGCAGGCGAUUAUUGAAGCCACAGUGCCGAAGGGAAGUAAGCGCGCAAGGCCUCCGCCAGAUAUGGAGAGGCAAGAGAAACCAACUCGCGAAGCUCAGGACACGUAUGUCCCGAUGACCAACGGUCACAGCAAAACCGCAAAGCCAAUGGUCACUGCCGAAGAAGUCUCGGACCAGGACGAAAGCCCCACAAAGAAACGAAAGACCGCGAAACCUACUCCCGUCAUGCUAUCCGUGGAAGAGGUGGUGGAGGAUGUCGAGAUGGUUCAGGACACAUCUUCAGUCUUUACGCGGCCAGCCGAGAUUAUCGAGCCAGUUGAAGAUGGCCCUUCGUCGCUUACUACACCAAGCGCUGCGUCGUUGUCCUUCUUACAUGCUCCAUCUCCAGCUUUGCCGAUGAAGACUGCAUUUGGAGCCAAGACGUCGGUUCCUAGGGAACCAUCCAAGUUGCGGUUUAGUUACUACGCAGACAAAGAGACUGCGUCAGUUGAGGAGAAACCAAUGUCUGAGGCGCCGCCGGCACCGUUGAUGACAUCCUGUAACCUUCCUAGGAAGAUACAGACUACAUCCCCAAAGGCGAAGCUGCUCCCAAAAGAAGCUGUGGCAGCUAUGGAGCCACGUCCAAGCUCGCGUCGCAGCUACAAGCAUGUCUCGGCUCUCCUUCCUACCUUUGAGUUCAAACCAGUAACACCAUCUACAAACGGGUUCAACUGGACUGCAGCAGGCAUGAAGGCACCUGCUGCUACUACCUCUGGUACUUGGUCAUGCGGCACAUGCAUGCUGGAGAACCCUGACAGCGCCAAAGAUAAGUGCACAAUCUGCGACGCGCCGAGAUCAGGUGGUGCCGCAAAGCCUGCAGCUGUGCCUCAGAGGUUAUUCGAUUGGUCAAAAAGUGCUAUCAAAGUGCCUCCAACACAACACGCUGGGACUUGGCAGUGUGAUACUUGCAUUUUUUCUAAUCCAGACAGUGCGAAUCUUAAAUGCACUGUCUGCAACGCAGCCCGUCCUGGUGCAGCUUCUGCCCCGGCUCCUACAGGGUUUGACUGGUCUGCUGCAGGGUUGAAGGUCCCAGGCUCAUCUACGGAUACGUGGACUUGUUCUCUCUGCAUGCUGAAGGUCCCUACCAGCGCAACUAAGUGUACAGUUUGUGACACUGCCCGGGAUACGAUGGACUGA